AUGCUUUUGAACCGUGAUGUUAUCGCAAUCGAUCAGGAUCCGUUAGGAAUAAUGGGAAAACUUGUUGAAAAAAUCGAAUUUGUCAGUAUCUAUGUGAAACCAGUGACUCCUGUACGUAACGGUAACCCGUCGUAUGCUGUUGCUGUCGUGAAUAUGGACGAUCAGAAGGCUCAUAAAGUAGACUUCAUACUAAAAUCGAUUGGCAUCACAAACGAAAACGGCUAUCAGCUUCGUAACCUAUGGACCGGUGAAGAUCUCGGACGAGUGGAGCCAUCUUUUGUGUACAGGGUCAAGUUACGCCCAACCUCUGUCUCGUUGAUAAAGCUUACGGUUAUAUGA